GUUCGAACGUCCCCGCGCACGCGCUCUCUGUGCACUGCCUCUUUUAUGUCUCGCGCUGCUGGCCGCCUCCCGGUUUCGAGCAACACGGAACAACAAAUGUGAAAAACAAACACAAACAUUAUUUUUGACUUCCCACACGACCGUCUGAGUGAGCACUCCCUCCCUUUCAUAAAUGAGCCAUGGCGGUAAACUUCGGCAAGAUCGUCGUGGGGAUUUAUGUGGAGAUAAAGCGUAGCGAUGGACGAAUACACCAGGCCAUGGUGACCUCUUUAAAUGAAGAUAAUGAUAGUGUCACCGUGGAAUGGAUAGAAAAUGGAGACACUAAAGGGAAAGAGAUUGAUCUGGAGUGCAUAUUUUCACUAAAUCCAGAUGUCGCUCAAGAAGAGGAGAUUUCUUUGAGUCCUGUUACCCCUCCUCCUCCUCCUACACCCAGUUCUGUAAAGGUUAACAAAAUCCCUAAGAAUCGUAGAACUAUUGCACCGGGAAGGAGUGAAAUCCCAUCAAGAGACAACAGAGUCGGCUCGACCCGGGCACGGCAGGCCCAGCAGCAGCCAGAAUCAGCGCCCCCUCCACCAGCACAACAGCCGACACAGAGCCAGACCCAAAGUCAGCUAACUCAACUGCAAAACGCGAGGAGGAAGUCGAAUUGUGUGAAGGAAGUGGAGAAGUUGCAGGAGAAGCGCGAGAGACGCAGGUUACAGCAACAGGAACUGAGGGAGAAGAAAGCACAGGAGACUGAUACAACGAUUCCAAACUAUGAAAUACUGCAGAUGAUCAGAGACUUCAGAGCAAGUCUGGACUAUCGACCCUUGACCACAACAGAUUUGAUUGAAGAACACAGAAUAUGCGUGUGUGUGAGAAAACGUCCCCUGAAUAAAAAAGAGUUGACUGUAAAGGACCUAGAUGUGAUCACUAUUCCCAGUAAAGAUGUUGUCAUGGUUCAUGAACCAAAACAGAAGGUGGACCUGACUCGAUACUUAGAGAACCAAACGUUUCGCUUCGAUUACGCCUUUGAUGACAGCACAACAAAUGAAAUGGUUUACAGGUUUACUGCAAGACCGCUUGUGGAAACUAUCUUUGAUAGAGGAAUGGCCACAUGUUUUGCUUAUGGCCAAACUGGAAGUGGGAAAACACAUACCAUGGGUGGAGAUUUUUCUGGAAAGAACCAAGAUUGUUCAAAAGGAAUCUACGCAUUAGCUGCUCGAGAUGUUUUUCUCAUGCUGAAGAAACCAAACUAUAAGAAGCUGGAUCUUCAAGUUUACGCAACUUUCUUUGAAAUCUACAGCGGAAAGGUAUUUGACCUGUUGAAUCGCAAGGCUAAGCUUCGUGUGCUUGAAGACGGGAAGCAGCAGGUGCAGGUGAUUGGGCUUCAGGAGCAUGAUGUCAGAUGCACUGAGGAUGUCCUCAAACUGAUUGAAAUGGGGAACAGUUGCAGAACAUCAGGCCAGACUUCAGCCAAUGCCCACUCGUCCCGCAGCCACGCCGUUUUCCAGAUUAUUCUGCGAAGGAAGGGCAAGAUGCAUGGCAAGUUUUCACUAAUCGAUCUGGCUGGCAAUGAGCGUGGAGCAGACACAUCCAGCGCCGAUCGUCAGACUCGGUUGGAGGGAGCCGAGAUCAACAAGAGUCUUUUGGCUCUGAAGGAAUGUAUCAGAGCUCUCGGCCGUAAUAAACCCCACACCCCAUUCAGAGCGAGCAAACUCACACAGGUCCUUAGAGACUCAUUUAUUGGAGAAAACUCCAGGACAUGCAUGAUCGCCACCAUCUCUCCUGGUAUGGCCUCCUGUGAGAACACGCUGAACACUCUGAGAUAUGCCAAUCGAGUAAAGGAGUUUGGGAUUAGCCCCUCUGACAUCCCCUUCUCUCAGGGGGGAGGAAACCGCUCUGAACUCUCUCCCACCAACGAAGUGAAAGAGUUGACUGUGGAUCCCAAUGCUGUGACAGAGGGUGUCCGACCCAACGCCAUCAACCAGCUGGACAUCAUGGAUGAGGAGUGGGAUCUGGGCAACUCCCCUCAAAGAGAUGACCUCAAACUUCUCUGUGAACAAAAUGAAGAGGAAGUUUCUCCUCAGCUCUUCACGUUUCAUGAAGCUGUUUCUCAGCUGGUGGAGAUGGAGGAGCAGGUGCUGGAAGACCACAGGGCUGUGUUUCAGGAGUCUAUCAGGUGGCUUGAGGAUGAGAAAGUUCUCCUGGAAAUGACUGAGGAGGUGGACUACGACGCGGAAUCAUACUCGUCUCAGCUGGAGCAGAUUCUUGACCAGAAAAUUGAGAUCCUCAUCGAGCUACGAGAUAAAGUGAGGUCAUUCCGUUCUGCGCUCCAAGAGGAGGAACAAGCCAGCAAACAGAUUAAUCCAAAGCGGCCCCGCGCACUGUAGCCUGGAACACGUAUUCGAAGAGGAACGACAAAUACAAGAGUCCUGUAGGCUUCUUGAUAGUAUUCAGAAGUAUUCUGAAAAAACUUUCCUAUCAUUACAUGUGAAAUGAUUCAAACUGUUCGUUUAUUUUCUUACAAAUCAGCCGAGGACAAAGAAGGGGAUUUUGUUUAUUUUUAAACCCUUGUUGAAUUGAUUUUGAGGAAAGCUUUUCUUGUUUUUUUAUUAGUAUUGAUUUUAUUUAUUUACUUUUUCAUUGUAGGUUAAGGGUACAAACUUGUAUCGGUUGAUACUCACAUGUUCUACCCUUUUGGGGUUCCAUUGAAGACCUUCAUUUGAUCUUAUUCUGAAUCGUAUGCAUGAACACUUAGCAACAGUUUACCACUCCGUUCCUAGCAUGACUGACUUGGUUCAUCUGCACUUUAAAUAACCUUGUCUUGGGGGUUGUUUUUCAUAUUUGGCGGUGUGUAUAGCUGUUUCUGUUGAUGGGCUGUUACAGCAUUUUAUCUUGCUUUUUAUUAGGGCAUAAUAAUCAAAGACCUUCUCAUGGAAGCAUUUGAUGCACUGGGAGUGAAAUGCUGAGAUUAUGUAAAUGAAUGUUAGAAUUGUCAGCGGUUAUAUUCGUUUUUGUUGGUUUGACAGCUGUUCCCUCUCACAAUACCUUCUUUAAGUUGCCCAUAUGCUUAUGUGCCAUAUCAUGAAGUUAACGGUUUACCAAAACACUUCUCCUUCAGUGUUUUUUCCAAGACUUUCAACAUUCUCACAUCAACUAAUAAACUUUGUAAUAAGAUAUAAAGCUAGAGUAAAACUCUCAUAGCAAAUUAAUAGGAAAUCCACUUAUCUACUGCUGUAUGGAGUGUUACAGGCAUCUCUCAACUUCAGUGGUUGCUAAAUAAAGAAUAAUUCAACAAAAUUUGCCUUUUCCUGUUUUUUUUCU